AUGAGAGUUCUGCCCGCUACGCUGCUGGUUGGAGCAGCUUCCGCCGCUGCCCCGCCGCUCCAGCAGGUCCUCGGUGCGGGAAGGGAGCAGGUGGAGACCUGGUCCAAGCAGGGUACCAGCGCCUUCUCCAAGCCUCUCGAGCACAUCCAGGAUGGCCUGAAGUCGCUGUCCGACGAGGCCCGUCAGCUCUGGGAAGAGGUCUCCAACUACUUCCCGGACUCCAUGGAACAGGCCCCCAUGCUCUCGCUGCCCAAGCCACACACCCGUCUCGCCGACUCGCACUGGGAUCACGUCGUGCGGGGUGCUGAUGUCCAGAGCGUCUGGGUGACUGGCGAGAGUGGCGCCAAGGAACGUGAGAUUGACGGCAAGCUGGAGGCUUACGACCUGCGUGUCAAGAAGGUGGACCCCAGCGCCCUCGGGAUCGACCCGGAUGUGAAGCAGUACAGUGGGUAUCUGGACGAUAACGAGAACGAUAAGCACCUGUUCUAUUGGUUCUUUGAGUCCCGCAAUGAUCCCGAGAACGACCCCGUUGUUCUGUGGCUGAACGGCGGACCCGGUUGCUCCUCGCUGACCGGUCUGUUCAUGGAGCUGGGCCCCAGCUCCAUCAACAAGAAGAUUGAGGCAGUCUACAAUGAUUACUCGUGGAACUCGAACGCCUCGGUGAUCUUCCUGGACCAACCCGUCAACGUUGGCUACUCCUACAGCGGGUCCUCUGUCAGCGACACCGUGGCUGCCGGCAAAGAUGUCUACGCCCUGCUGUCCUUGUUCUUCAAGCAGUUCCCUCAAUACUCUUCUCAGGACUUCCACAUUGCCGGCGAGUCCUAUGGCGGUCACUACAUUCCCGUCUUCGCCUCCGAGAUCCUUUCUCACAAGAAGCGCAACAUCAACCUCAAGUCCGUCCUCAUCGGAAAUGGUCUGACCGAUGGCCUCACCCAGUACGAGUACUACCGCCCGAUGGCCUGCGGUGACGGUGGCUACCCGGCUGUUCUGGAUGAGGGCUCCUGCCAGUCCAUGGACAAUGCCUUGCCACGUUGCCAGCAGAUGAUUGAGUCCUGCUACAACAGCGAGAGCUCCUGGGUCUGCGUUCCGGCCUCGAUCUACUGCAACAACGCUCUCUUGGCCCCGUAUCAACGCACUGGUCAGAACGUCUACGACGUCCGCAGCAAGUGCGAAGACGAGAGCAACCUGUGCUACAAGGGCAUGGGCUAUGUCAGCGACUACCUCAACAAGCCGGAGGUGCGCAAGGCUCUGGGUGCCGAGGUCGACGGCUACGACUCGUGCAACUUUGACAUCAACCGCAACUUCCUCUUCCACGGUGACUGGAUGAAGCCCUACCACCGCCUGGUGCCGGAGCUCCUCGAGCAGAUUCCAGUCCUAAUCUAUGCUGGUGACGCCGACUUCAUCUGCAACUGGCUGGGCAACAAGGCCUGGUCCGAGGCCCUCGAAUGGCCCGGCAAGUCCAAGUUCGCGGCCGCCGAGCUGGAAGACCUGGUCAUCAAGGACAACGAGCACACCGGCAAGAAGAUCGGCCAGGUCAAGUCCCACGGCAACUUCACCUUCAUGCGCCUGUACGGCGGCGGUCACAUGGUCCCCAUGGACCAGCCCGAGUCCAGCCUGGAGUUCUUCAACCGCUGGCUGGGUGGCGAGUGGUUCUAA